AUGAGUCCAAAGGUCGGAACUGCGCGCGCCAGGCAUGUACUGGCCAUCGGGACUACCGGGACAUUCCCGGUGGGCCGCGGUCUGGUUGGGCCGGCGGCCCGGCGCGUUAUUGGUCCCGGUCCCGGUGGUCCCGAGUCCAGGGGUCCGGAGAAGGAGAAGGAAGAGUCACGUUCCUACUGCCCAGCAGAGAGUGUUCACGUCACAUCUGUUCAGCCUGAGACUGUCCACGCCACGUCUACCCGGGCAGAGACGGAUCAAGAGAUGCCCAUUCGCAUAGCCGCGAGGGCACGGAUGGACUAUUUGGACCAUCUGAUUCGGAUCCUGGACAUGCCUGUGCUCGCUGUUCCAGAGCCAGAGCUAGUGUCCGUGCCAGAGCCGGAGCCGGAGCCAGUGUCCAAUGUUCCUGAGCCUCUGCCGGUGCCUGCUGUUCCUGAACCUGUGCCUGCUGUUCCAGCGCUGGAACCAGAGUCUGCUCCAGAGCCAGAGACAGAUCAGGAGAAACCCAUUCUCGCAGCCGGGGGAAUACCCAACAACUAUCUGGAGCGUCUGGCACGGAUCCUGGAAAGACCCUUCAGACCUUUUGUGUCCCUGGUUCCAGAGCUGGAGCCAGUGCCUGUUCUGGAGCCAGUGCCUGUUCCAGAGCCAGAGCCGGAGCCAGUGCCUGUUCCAGACCCUGUGUUUGUUUCUGUGUUUGUGUCUGUCCUUGUGACCAUUUCUGUUUUAGUGGCUGUUCCUGAGCCAGUGUCGGCAGUUCCUGAGCCGGUGGCUGCUGUUCCAGAGCCGGAGGCAGAGCCAGUGCCUGUUCCAGAGCCGGAGGCAGAGCCAGUGCCUGUUCCAGAGCCGGAGGCAGAGACAGUGCCUGUUCCAGAGCCGGAGGCAGAGCCAAUGCCUGUUCCAGAGCCGAAGGCAGAGCCAGUGCCUGUUCCAGAGCCGGAGGCAGAGCCAAUGCCUGUUCCAGAGCCAAAGGCAGAGCCAGUGCCUGUUCCAGAGCCAGAGCCAAUGUCUGUUCCAGAGCUGGAGCCAAUUUCUGUUCCAGAGCCAGUGCCUGUUCCAGUGCCAGUGUUUGGUCCUGUGUUUGUGUCUGUUACAGUUCUUGUGUCUGGUCCUGAGCCGGUGUCUG